GACGUCUCGGCUUGUCCUUUUGGUCAAGUUACUCUGAUAUGAGAUAUCCCCUGUCAGUCACGUUACUUAUUCAUACAGUAUGCCCGUUCCAGUGUUUCAUUCACGUCCAUCUUCUUCUUAGCUUACCGCGAGCGCUGAGCAGCCCGAGGCUCGACGCGCACAACUUGUUUGUGGGCUUAUAUGCAAACUUACAUUGACAUUUAAUUCCCUUGAGACACAAAACCAGAAACGGCUCGUUUGGUUUGUCUCUCUUCAUUAAAAUGUUACUCGACUAACCUGUUAACCAAACUACUAAAGACUGUGUGAAUAAAACUCAAAACAACGGAUCGAGGAUGGACUCUGAAUCGACCCUGACACAUCAGAUACACUUUACUCUACAGUAACGACUACUUCAAUGCCGUCUGAGAUUACGCUGCCGGCGUAGAGGAUAAAUGGAACGUAAAGUUAGCGGACGUGUUAGAAUGCCCGAUGCACUAGCUGCAGCAGUUGCUGAGGACGUACAGUCAAGAGAGCAACAGAAUUGGCUUUAGAAGCUGAAAAUGAAUUAAGCUUUGAGUUGAGUCGAGGAAACCGUUUUGACAGUUCAUGUCGGAUAAAGAUCCUUUUCUGAUGGAGUACAGUGAGCGCGUGCUUUGUGGCACAGGGGAGGCCGAGAUGGACCCCAACAUUGUGAGUGAAGAGGCAGGAAGGCUGUACUCGGAGCUACAGACCGUCAUUGAGACCCACGGUGAAGGUGUGGUGGAGUCGCUGGUGCCCAUCUUCGUGUGGGUCCUGGAGGGGCUGGCCAGCUGCAAAGCCCAGCUGACAGACCGGGAGGAGGAGGCGCAGAGAGAGAAAGCUGAGCGGGAGGAGCUGCUGGAGAGAUACCAAGCGGAGAAAGCGCUCCGGAAAGAAAGUCAGGAGAGGUAUCUGGAGCUGGACGACCAAAUUGAUCAAGAGAGGCAAGCCAUGAGGGGGAGGGAAAAGGAGAGAGAGCGGCGAGGGAGAGAGCUGGAGAAGAAGGCGAGAGAGCAAGCUGAUCAUAUGGGGGCCUUAGAGGACCAGAAGGCCAAUCUGAGUAGAGAACUGAGCACUCUGAGGAAUACUCACAACAAGCUGGCUCACACGUACUGGGAACUUAUGAAAAAGACAAAGGAUUCUGAAAGAGAUUCUCCUUUAAGGAAUCAUGUGAGUCUCAAGAAUAAUAAUUUUCCACCCAGCCAAGUCUUGUCAGAAUCCAGUGUGAAUGAAAAGAUGAUGCAACGGCCACACUCACGUUCUGGUCCUCCCUGUUUGGAAGAUUUAGUGGCCAAGAUAGAAAAUGCGAUUGAUAUUGCAGCAAAGCCCGCCGCAGAUGCAUUUAUCAGUGACAUCAUAAGCUCCACUCCUGAGCUGAGGCCAUUUCAUGGCAGUGCCAUUGCAAGCCCUGUUAGAUCGAACACCGAAAAGCCACCGACAGAUAAGUCGGAGAACAGCGUGGACGACGAGAUAAGGGAGGUGGAGGCGAGGGUUAGCAAAGCGGGAGAAGUGCAAGGAGCGGAGAGGCUGGAAAAAGACCAGGAGGAGGAGGAAGACGAUAGUUUGGAGUGCGAGUUGCGCAACAAUGACUCUGUGUUCUCGGAGCUGUCGGACCUGAGUCUGGACUACGUGGAGAGUGUGGACCGAGGGGCCAGCGUCAGAGGCAGCACCGACCAGUUUGAGGAGAUUCUUUCUCAGUUUGAGGAACUAAAAGUUACCCACGAGUCGGUAGACGCCGCCCGCAAGGCUCUGAUAUCUCGGGUCGUAGAGCUCACUGAUGACCGUUCGGCUCUUAAACUGGAGGUGACCUCCCUUCAGGAAACCGCCUCACGAUUAGAGGGGCGGAUGAAGGAGAAGGAGGAGGAAACUAAGAGGCUUCGGAAAGAACUGGAAGAGUGCCAGUCUGAGGACCCUGAUGCCUCUCUACCUACAUCCAUGCGGCACUUCUCUCGCUCUGAAAUGGCCCGUGUGGUCAUGGAGAAGAACCAAUACAAGCAGCGUCUGUUUGAGCUGCAGGAAGCUGUGAGACGUAGUCAGACACUCAGAGCAACGAAGGAUGAGCGGUUAACAGAGGACAAACGGUCAAGCGUUUGGAGAAAGUUUAACCGCUUGUUCGGGCUGUCCAAGGUACCACUAAUCCCACCUCAUGCUUCUGCAUUUGCCCGGCCGACUUCACCGUCCCUCCCUCGCUCUCCUCUGGGGUCUCCACAACCACCGGCUGUCCGUCAAACUCAUGCUGAAUAUGCUUCCCCUGCUGCUCUCUCUCCUCGUGUCAGGAGGCGAGAACUCUACAGAGAAAUUCGCUCCCACAUUUGGGGAUCACUUGGAAAACGGCAGAUGCACGGCUGGAGCACACCGCUGGCCAACACACAGGAAUACCAUGAACCUGUGCCAGAGCCUAAGGACGUGCCGGUACUGAUGCAGCUCAGACUGCUGGAUCAGAGAGACUCCACAGCGAAGCUGAACUGUGCGGUUGCAGUCACGCCUGAGAUCUCCGGAGAGGCCACAUGUUCUGUGUGGGUGGUUUCUGGCCCCGCCUCCCGCAGUGAAAUUACAGUGAUUGAUCCAGCGCUGUCCAACACAGUACUGGAUCAUUUCUGCCUGCCCCCUACAGCUCCUGCACUCUGCAUCUGUGCUGUGCCUCCGACAGGUGACACAGCAGGAACUGUGUGGAUAGGAACCCAGGAAGGAAGCAUACUGGUACACUCAGCCUCUGCUGGCAGGAGGAACUGUCUGCAGUCGGUUUCUCUCUCGGAAGGAGUUCAUUCGCUCAAAUAUUCUCAGGAUCAAGUCAUAGCGGGUUUAGCAGAUGGGACUUUGGCAUUUUUCUCACACGGUUCAGGUGGCUGGAAUCUUCAGGCCCCCUCUCUGAUGCCUCUCGGAUCGAACCCUUUGCAGCCCAUUCGCUGCUGCCUGGCUAAAGGAGGUCGCUUGUGGGUGGGAUAUUGGAACAAAGUCCACGUGGUGGACGUCGUCAGCAGGAAGGUUGAGCAAACAUUCUCGGUCUCCGAACGCAGCGAGCAGCAGGUUCGCUUCCUGUGUGCCGGUGGAAGUGGCGUUUGGACGUCCUGCCGACUCGACCCGAUCCUCAGACUGUUCGACUGGUCCUCAGGGCGGCCGCUACAGGAAGUCGAUUUCACUGUUUUGGUCACUAAAACUUUAGGCCCGGCCUUUCUGACACUGUCACCUCUCCAGAUCUCAUCUCUCACAGUCAUCUCCAGCCGUCUGUGGGUGGGCACGGGUGGGGGGGCCAUCUUCUCCAUCCCAUUAUCCAUAACAUCAGAGGCUGUUUCCAUCCCAUAUUGCUCAAUUUCAUCAGCCCAGCUGUGUUACCAUGGACAUAGACAAGCCGUCAGGUUCAUCAUUGCUGCACCUGGUUGUUUGAUCAUCCCUCCUGGCAGCAACAACGUCACUACCUCUCAGCUUAUUCUCAGUGCAGGAGAGGGCUACAUCAACUUACGAAUUGGAGACGAUGCCAAUGAGGGAUCGGUGGAGCUGUCCCAAACUACACCUCAGCGGUCCGAACGCAGCCACAUCAUCGUCUGGCAGAACCCCAGCCCCUCUGCAGCCGGCCCGGCCCGCUGACAUCGAUCAUCUCCUCGUUCUGUCAUCCUUGCAAUGUGAUGAAGACGGAGCGGUCAUGUGCUGCCCGCCAGCUAACAUGGAAACAACAAUAGUGCUUUCAUGGAACUGAGUGAACAAGCGUCUCGAUGUGGCAGCAAUCAAAGUAUGUGUGCGUGUGAUUGUGAAUUUCUGGUCAGUCAAUCAGCUACGUAAUUGUUAAUAGUUCCAUUUUUUCACCUUCUAUUUCCUUGACAUCUAUAUUUCUCCAGGUUGCACCAGGUAUUUCUGUCCAACACCUUUUUAAUUCCAAAGAUUAAGUUAUUAAUGGUGCUGCUGUUGUGUACAUAUUUAGUUGUGAACAGGGAAUUGGAAACAGGUAUUGAUCUUCUCUCAGUUUCUCAACAGCACAGACAAUCAGACACAAUUAUCUCCAUGUGGGAUCGUCUCUUUUGAGUCUCAUGUUUUAAUUUUCAAAUUCUUCCCCUUCACAUAUGGUGUGAAUGCAAACAGUGCCUUUUGUCUGUAUAAAAUAAUGAAUAUCCCAUCUUCUUAAUGAACAGCUUCAGUGAUUGUUAUUAUUUAUUUUUAAUAUCACUUAUUGGCCUUAUAUCUGGGGACGUCUUUUGUUUUGAUUAUAUUUCACUAUCUCUUGUUAAAUAAGGGGAAGGAAUUUUCAGUAUUUAUGAGCAGUUACAAGUUUGUACAUUCAUUUGAUCUCCUUAUGCUUCUUGGAAAAUAAAUGAAGACUUGAGUAUAUCUUGACUCUAAACUUGAGCAAACAUGAUUGUUGUCAUUAAAAUAUUUUUAAAGGUCAAUGUUGUAACUA